GCACAUGUAACUAAUAAAAAGUAUUGUUUAAGUUUAAUAUAAGCUUGAGACUUUAAAAGCACUUGACAGAAUGAAGAAGAUAUAAAAGACAAAGACGAAGACCCGUAUGCGCCACCUCCACGUGCCAGCUUGUUUUCCUACGUCACUUCCUGUGCGGCAGAUAUGUCCAACGCCAGCAAGUUGAAGUUAAUUUGACGUUUUUUCUUUCGUUGUUCGUAUUUUUUUUCACACUUUUACCGUCUUCUUUAACUUGAUGCACGCUCUUGUUCACCACUGCGCUUAAGCUGCAAAAAAAUGAUGCUGUUAAGUUUUACUGUGGACGCACAGGCUAACGUUAGCUGGUCCCAAUUACAGUGAAAGCCACAGUGCAAUACGUUAGUUAGUCCUCAAAGGUUCGACGUCGUGCUCGUUUUAAACCUUCUAAUGGGUCUUCGUACCUCACGUGUUUACAGGAAACCGCGAAUACUGGCUAGCUCAAAGUCUGACUGAUGGUAGUGUUGGCUCGUGCUAGUUAGCUUUAGCUGGUAACGUCCAGCAAAGUGGGCCAUGCCUAAUCAGCUGACUGAGGAGCAACAGCGGAAGAUCGAGGAGAAUCGUCGGAAAGCUUUAGAGAGGAGAGCUCAAAGACUAGGACAGACUGCCAGCAACAGCAACGCUACCUCUGCGGAGCUACAGCCACAUAAACGGGGCGUUGCUACAGUUGCACAUGCUGGAGGCACCUCCAUCUCCGUGUUUGCACCGCAGCAGUCUGCUCCACCCUUCAUCAAAAACACACAGAGUUUCCUGAAGCAAAACCAUGGAAUAAAGCAUCAGCAGCUCUCCUGCAACCAAGUCGGUCAGAGCAAACAGUGUAGUUCUGCUUCCAGACAGAUACAAGUAAUCCAACCACUCCCUCAGGGUAAAGGCCAGCACACACACAGCCCUGUCCCCUCAGGUGGAGGAAGCUUUGGUGGGAACCCAUCCCUGCCCAAGACAAGCCCAGUCCCCAGCAGCUCUGGCGUCGGAUCAUUUUACAAGCCAACGACGAAUAAACACACCCAUAGUUCUGUAGCAUCACAGCGGCUCCCCAGCGCCUCUGAUUCAAAUGCAGCACCUGCAAAAAAGCCUGCUGUCUCAGUCAGAGGAAGAUGCGUCCCCCACACGGACGACCGCUUCAGAGUGGAAGUGGGCUACCAUGCAGAGCUUAUUGCUGUUUUCAAAUCGAUUCCCUCCAAAAACUAUGACCCUGCUACAAAGAUGUGGAACUUUAGCUUGAUGGACUAUCAGGAGCUAAUGGUGCAGGCCGCCUCCAUCGCGUCUGUGUCUUUGAGGCCUCUGGAGGGCAUGGAAGCAGUAGACAAUGCAUCGGCCUCCAGUCGAGCUCAGGACGGUGUGGCUCUUGCAGCUCUGCUGAAGCUGUGUAACGGCUGGCAGAAUCCUGGGGCCAACCUGCAGGGCCAGUGCAUCCUGGUGUCUCCAAAUAGGUUUGAGGUGGACAUUGGUUAUCAUGUCGAUGUCAUCGCCGCAUUCAAGCAAAUGCCAACAAAAAACUAUGAUAUUAGAACAAGAAAGUGGAGCUUUUCCCUUGAGGACUACAAGAGUCUCAUGGAUCUACUCGGUGGGAUAGCAGCAGUAGAGGUGGAGCCUCUGCCCAGGGCAGUAAUCCAGGCUUUCUCUGCCAGGUUUGAUGGGACUGAAGCCAGGUCUUUAGAGGUCCCUGAGGCAGACCUUUCCAGCAUCGACCCCUCUCUCACCCGCAGCCUCAUGCCCUUUCAGAAGGAGGGGGUCAAUUUUGCAUUGUCUAAACAAGGCCGCCUCCUCCUGGCUGAUGACAUGGGCCUGGGGAAAACCGUACAGGCCAUCUGCAUAGCAGCAUACUACAGGAAUGAGUGGCCUUUACUGGUGGUGGCUCCUUCCUCUGUGCGCUUCACCUGGGCUGAGGCCUUUAGACGCUGGCUCCCUUCCCUCAGGCCUGACAGCAUCAACGUGGUCGUUAAGGCUAAAGACAAUCUGUGUUCUGGUUCGGUCAACAUCAUCAGCUAUGACCUGCUGAGUAGGAUGGACAAGCAGCAGCAAGGAAACACCUUCGGGGUCCUCAUCAUGGAUGAGUCUCACUUUCUGAAGAACAUCAAGACUGCUCGUUGUAAAGCAGCGCUGCCUCUGUUGAAGGCAGCAAAGAGAGUGAUUCUUCUAUCUGGUACCCCUGCCAUGUCCCGACCCGCUGAGCUCUACACCCAGAUUUUGGCUGUGAGACCUACACUCUUCCCUCGCCUCCACGACUUUGCGAUGCGCUACUGCGAUGCCAAACAGAAUGUCUGGGGCUGGGACUACUCGGGCUCUUCUAAUCUUGGGGAGUUGAAGCUGUUACUGGAGGAGUGUCUAAUGCUGCGCCGCCUCAAGUCAGAUGUCCUCUCCCAGCUUCCUGAUAAACAGCGCAAGGUUGUCACCAUCACCAUAGAUGGAAUCAACACUCGAACCAAAGCUGCUCUGUCGGCUGCUGCCAAGGAUUUGGCCAAAGGACACCGCAACAAAGUAGAAGAGAAGGAAGCCCUCCUCGUGUUUUAUAACUACACUGCUGAAGCCAAACUACAAGCCAUUAUGGAAUACAUCACAGACAUGCUGGAGGCAGGGAGGGAGAAGUUUCUAGUGUUUGCUCACCAUAAGUUAGUCCUAGAUCAUAUCACCUCUGAACUGAGGAAGAAGAGUGUCAGUUUCAUUCGUAUCGAUGGGGCCACUCCCUCAGCUGAGCGACAGCAGCUUUGUGAGAGGUUUCAGUUCUCAACCAAGGCCUGUGUGGCGGUACUGUCCAUCACUGCUGCUAACAUGGGUCUGACCCUGCACUCUGCGGAUCUGGUGAUCUUUGCUGAGCUUUUCUGGAACCCUGGGGUUCUUAUUCAGGCAGAGGAUCGAGUUCACCGUAUUGGACAAACCCGCAAUGUGAACAUUCACUACCUGGUUGCCAAGGGAACCGCUGAUGAUCACCUGUGGCCAAUGAUCCAGGAAAAAAUGAAUGUUUUGGAACAAGUGGGUCUGUCUGAGUCAAACCUCUCAGACAAUGCACAGAACGCAAGUUUCCACUCUAAGGAUCCUCAGCAGAAAAGCAUCAUGGAGAUGUUCCAGAGAUCUUUCAAUGCAGACGAUGACAUUGAUGAAGCCGUUUUACUGGAGGCUGCCAACGAGUGGGAGGACACGCCACCUCAAGACAUUUCUGCUCAGCACUCCAAUAAGGAGUGCCCCAGCAGAAAUGACUAUUUUGGCCGAUAACUUGCAGUUCUGUACUUUUACUGCACAAAUUAUUGUAUUCAACAUUUAUUUUGUCUUGCUUAUUGCAACAAAUCUCUGUUCUUAGUCAACCAUCAUGACUAAACAUUUAUUUAGAAAAUGUUAAAUGCAAACAUGUAAAAUAUACCUUAUUUUACAGGCGAGAAUAAAUAAAUAUAUUAAAAGGUU